AUGUUGGGAUUGAGCAGCAGACUUACACUUCUCAAGGGCAAACGUAUCUUCAUCAAGGAUAUCAUCCAUUACUUGGUCCCCCCUGGCGGAAAGCCAGCAUCGAUUGCACCCUCUCUGCAACGCAUUAAGCGUGGAGUAGGCACAACUGGUGAAACAUCGCCGACGACCAACGGCAGAAAAGAGCCGAACGGACAAGCGCUCUGGCCUUGGCCCACAGAAGCUGAGCCUGGGAAUCCUACGGUUGUCCCAACCGAAAUGCUAGCGAGAUUCCAUUUCACCUUCCUCAUCCGUGAUCCACACUCCAGCAUCCCAUCUUACUAUCGCUGUACCGUACCACCUCUUGAUAAGGUGACUGGGUUCCACGAGUUCUACCCCUCGGAAGCUGGCUACGACGAAGUUCGCCGAGUAUUUGACUAUUUGCGCAAGUCAGGCCUCAUUCGUCCCUCUGGAGGGACGACUGAUGACUCUAUCAAACACGAGCUUAAUGGUCUGAGUACUGCAGCUGGCAAAUACCAUGUCAAUGUUUCCGAAACGGACGGUGUUGAGAUUUGCGUUGUAGACGCAGACGACCUCCUGGACGACCCGGCUAGCAUCAUCCAAGCGUAUUGCAAGAGUGUGGGUAUUCAGUAUGAGCCAGGAAUGCUUUGGUGGGGUAGUGAGGAGCAUCAAGCCUAUGCAAAGGAGGCAUUCGAAAAAUGGAAGGGCUUUCAUGAAGACGCGAUAGACUCCCAAGAGCUGAAGCCUCGUACCGAAGAGAGAAAGGUCAAGUCUGAGCCCGAGUGGGAUGCUGAGUGGAAAGAUAAGUAUGGUGCAAAAGCGGCCAAAACCAUCAGAGAGACCGUCGACAAGAACAUGGAUGACUUCCUUUACAUGAAGCAAUAUGCACUGAAGGCAUAA